AUGGAGAAUAAUCAUAUUCUAUCAUUAAGAUCAUUUAUCCUAGAUUUUGAUAAUCAAAAAGAAAUAGGUAAUGGUAGUUUUGGAACAGUAUGGAGAGCAAGAAGUAGAAAAAAUUUUAAAUAUUAUGCUAUUAAACAACAAAUAUAUGAGCAUGGACAAAAUUUAGAAAGAGAAGUUAAUAAUUUAAAAAUGUUAAAUCAUCCUUGUGUUAUAAAAUAUUAUGAUGAUUGGAUAGAAAAAAGAUACCCAAAAAGUUAUUUAUAUAUUCAAAUGGAAUUAAUGGAUUUUUCAUUAGAUAAUUUAUUAAAAGAUCCCAAAUUUUUAGAAAGUCCUUUUAACAAAAUUGGUAAAAGUUUUAUUUUAUUUCAGUUAGCAGCUGGAUUAGCUUAUAUUCAUAGUAAAAAAAUAAUACAUAGAGAUAUUAAACCAGCAAAUAUUCUUGGAUAUCAAUAUAAAGAAUUAUGGAAAGUCAAAAUAACAGAUUUUGGUUUAUCUACAGUACAUGAAAGAUUUGGAAGAUUAUCAAUGAUGCAUACAAUGGGAAAUGGUACACCAUUAUAUUGCGCUCCAGAAGUUGAUAUGUCAACAAGAUAUAACGAAAAAAGUGACAUUUUUUCUAUGGGUAUAGUAUUUUAUGAAGUUUUACGAGAUCUGAGAAAUAGUUUUAGUAUUUUUGACUUUCGUCUUUUUAUUAUUAGGCAAAUAAAAAUGCCAAAACAUUGGUUAGAAGAGUAUCCAGUUGAAAAAGAGAUUAUCUUAAGAAUGGUUCAGUAUGAACCAAAAAGAAGACCUCCAAUUUCAAAGAUUUAUCCUGAUAUGUUAAUUUGCAUGAAACAGGAAAUUGAAAAUAGUCCUGACUUAUAUCCUAAAAUUAAAGAUAUUUUUAAAUAA